AUGUCGGAAGGUCCUCUAGCGGAAAACAUUUUCCUUGUAGAUGAGCGAGUGGCCAAUGGCGUCGCUGGACUUGCCAUUGGGCAUCCAUUCGAUACAGUUAAGGUACGCAUGCAAAACAACAUUGGAAACGAUCUCUACGGCGGGUCGAUGCGAACAUUUCUCAAAAUCGUAAAGGAGGAAAAGAUCCGAGGACUCUUUAAAGGAAUCAUUCCUCCGAUGAUCGGUGUUGGGCUGGUUAAUGCCUUUGUUUUUGGUGUAUAUGGCACGAUUCUUAAUUCAAUCCAGGCCGCCCAUGUAGGGCAUCACAAUUCACUGUUGCCGUUUUUUGUUGCCGGUGCAUGUUCAGGAUUUGCCAAUUCUUUCAUUACGGGCCCUUUUGAGCUAGCAAAAUGCCUCCAGCAGCAAUCUUCGAUAGGAGUGCGCUCUUCUGCUCAAUCGAAGCUUCCAGGCACAUUUUCGAUCCUUCGAGAGGCCUAUAGACGCUGGGGCAUCUCUGGCCCAUGCAGGGGCCUAUUAGCUACCAUCAUAAGAGAUACACCUAGCUUUGGUACUUAUUUCCUUGCGUAUGAAGCAAUCAUGCUGCAUGGUGGGUCUUCUGCCGAUGGCAUGUCGAAGAAUCAAGACUUGUAUACAAAAUUUGAAACGUACGUGGAGCAAUAUGGCUCUCACACGUACUCCCCAAUUAUAACAUGUCCAUCCAUUGUUGAGAAGCCAAACUCGAGCGAAUAUAACUUCCCACCGCUUUUGCUGACACUGUUUGCUGGGGCUGCCAGCGGCGUGCUAAGUUGGCUUGUCACAUACCCUUUUGAUGUUAUCAAAACUAGAAUCCAAUCCACCCCGCUCGAUGUGAAGACAACAGGCAUAAUCCAAACAUAUAAAGCCAUGUGCAGACAGACAGGGAUUGCAUCCCUAUUUUGCGGGCUCAAUGUAACGCUAUUGAGGGCCAUUCCAACAAACGCGGUAACCUUCCUUGGAUUUUCUCUAGCAUUAAAUGCAUUUGAAUCCAAAUGGUAG